UGCCUACUUAACGGUUUUACCUAACGUCUCGGUCACCCGCAAUGAUUGCUACGUUUACUGUGGAAAUGCUGUUAACUCUCUCCCCUUUAACCCAACCUGUUUACAAAUAAAAAAGCGAAUUUCGAGUCUAAACCACGGGUUUCGGGGUGUCGCCAAGACUCCACCAAGGUUUUCGCCUCCUUCACGCAGAUCGAGUGGCGGCCCAUGUAAUCGUUUAAAGAAGGCGCUGUCUUCUCAUUGGCCGGAGGCUGCUGCGCAUUGAUUGGCCUUGUGAGGAAGUGGGCGGUGCCCGGGCGCGCCCAUUGGUGGAGGCGAGAAGUUUAAACCGAAGUUAGGGCCACACUUGUUUUGCUCCCCUUUGGAGUUUGCGAAUUUGUGGCGUUUGCUUCUUUUUUUUUUCUGGCGUGUCGGCGACUGGAAACGAAAGGGGGGCGAAUUUGCUGUAAGACCUCCACAGCCGCCUCCGAGCGGCUGCGGCCGGGGUCCCCGCUCCGCAGCAGCCUUGUGGGAGCUGCGCCAGAAUCUCCGGGCGGCGUCUCGAAGCUGCCAUGGCGACCCGGCGUGUGGGGCAAAGCUGGGAGGUGAGCCCCACCGAGCGGAGGCCGCCGGCGGGGCUGCGGAGCACCGCGGCCGAGGAUGCCGCAGCUUCCCCGCCGGUCCUGUCUCUCAGCCACUUCUGCAGGUCGCCUUUCCUCUGCUUCGGAGAUGUGCGCUUGGGAGACUCGCGGACGCUGCCUCUGGUCCUGGACAACCCUAACGACGAGAUCGCUGAAGUGAAGAUCUCCCACUUCCCAGCCGCCGAGCAGGGCUUUAGUGUCUCGCUGCGCUGGUUCGAGCUGCAGCCUAAAGAAAAAAUUGUUAUUUCUGUUAACUGGACACCAUUAAAAGAAGGCCGAGUAAGAGAGAUUGUGACAUUUCUUGUAAAUGAUGUUCUGAAACACCAAGCUAUAUUACUAGGAAAUGCAGAAGAGCAGAAAAAGAAAAAGAGGAGUCUUUGGGAUACGAUUAAUAAGAAGAAAAUGUCAGCCUCUACAAGUAAUAAGAGGAUUUCCUGUAUUCAAAAUGUUAACAAAACAUUUUGUGUUUCACAAAAAGUUGACAGAGUUAGGAACCCAUUACAAGCUUGUGAAAAUUUGGCUAUGAAUGAAGGCUGUUCUCCAACAGAAAACAACUCUUUAAUCCUUGAAGAAAAUAAAAUACCGAUAUCACCUAUUAGUCCCAUUUUCAAGGAAUGCCAUGGUGAGACUUCCUUGCCUCUUUCUGUACGUCGAUCUACAACAUACACAUCUCUUCAUGCAUGUGAAAACGGGGAACUGUUGAAAGCAGAAGGUGCCAGCAUUUCGGAAGAUUUUAAUUUUAGUGAGAAAGUUGUAAAUGAAACUUCCUUUAACUCCACAAAUAAUAUUAAUGGCCAAACUGAAGAGAAUAGUAAACUUAUUCUUACCCCAACCUGUUUUUCCACUUUGAACAUUACACAAAGCCAAGGAAAUUUUCUAAGCCCAGAUUCCUUUGUAAGAAACAGCCAUGCAUCUAAUAAUGAACUAGAGGUAGUGACAUGUCUUUCAUCAGAUACGUUUAUGAAAGAUAAUUCAAGUCCUGUGCAUUUGGAAUCAAAAACAGUACAUGAAAAUUACCGGGCAAUCUUAAGUCCUGAUUCUUUCAUAAAUGAUAAUUAUGGACUAAAUCAGGAUCUAGAAUCAGAGUCAAUUAAUCCAAUUCUAUCCCCAAAUCAAUUUGUAAAAGAUAAUAUGGCAUAUAUAUGUAUAUCCCAGCAAACAUGUAGAUUACCACCAUCAUCAAAUAAAAAUUCUCAGUUCUCACAGUCUCCUCAAGAUCAGAGAACAAAUGGAGUUUUACCUUGUAUUCCUGAAUGUCGGGGUUCAGUAUCUCCCAAAGCUAUUUUUGAAGAACCCAAAGCUUUAGAAGUGAAGUCAAAUUGUUAUAGUUCUACAACAAAUCAACCUAAAUUUUCUGCAAUUCAAGAUAUUCCUAGUUACAGCCACGAUAAACUUACACGACGCCCUAUACUUUCUGCUACUGUUACCAAAAGGAAACCCACCUGUACCAGAGAAAACCAAAAGGAGACUAAUAAACCAAAGGCAAAAAGAUGUCUCAACAGUGUAGCAGGCGAAUUUGAAAAAGUAACAGAUAAUCGAAAAGAGAAAGAUGGUUUUCAAUCUUGUCUUCCAGUUAUAGAUCCAGUAUUCAAUAAAUCUAAGAGUUAUAAAAAUGUAAUAACUCCUCCCUCAAAGACCACUUUAGUUGCCCGUAAAAGAAAGAGUGAGGGAACCAGGGACGAUGCAAAUGUUAGAAUUACAGUUACAGAACAUACAGAGGUACAAGAAAUCAAAAGAAUCCAUUUUUCUCCUGUGGAAUCUAAAACAUCAACUGUUAAAAAAACAAAAAAAGUGGUAAUACCCAUCUCAAAACACAUGAACAGAGAGAAAUUAAACCUGAAGAAGAAAACUGAUUCAUUGGUAUACAGAACUCCUAAUUCUAAAGCAAGCAAAAGGACAAAACCCAUUGUUGCUGUGGCACAGUCUACUUUGACCUUCAUAAAACCAUUAAAAACAGAUAUUCCUAGACACCCAAUGCCAUUUGCUGCAAAAAACAUGUUUUAUGAUGAACGCUGGAAGGAAAAGCAGGAGCAGGGCUUCACUUGGUGGCUAAAUUUUAUAUUAACUCCUGAUGACUUCACUGUAAAAACAAGUAUUUCUGAAGUAAAUGCUGCUACUCUUCUUUUGGGAUUGGAGAGUCAACAUAAAAUCAGUGUACCUAGAGCUCCUACAAAAGAUGAAGUGUCUCUCAGAGCUUACACUGCUCGGUGCAGGUUGAAUAGAUUACGUCGUGCAGCAUGUCGCUUAUUUACUUCUGAAAAAAUGGUUAAAGCUAUUAAGAAGCUUGAAAUUGAAAUUGAAGCUAGGCGGUUAAUUGUUAGAAAAGAUAGACACCUCUGGAAAGAUGUGGGAGAACGGCAGAAAGUCCUGAAUUGGCUGUUGUCAUAUAAUCCUUUAUGGCUACGAAUCGGCCUAGAGACAAUUUUUGGAGAACUCCUGUCUUUGGAAGACAACAGUGAUGUCAUGGGGUUGGCUGUGUUUAUUCUGAAUCGUUUACUUUGGAAUCCUGAUAUAGCCGCUGAGUAUAGACACCCCACUGUUCCUCAUCUGUAUAGAGAUGGUCAUGAAGAAGCUUUGUCUAAGUUUACAUUGAAAAAGUUAUUGCUGUUGGUUUGUUUCCUUGAUUAUGCCAAAAUAUCCAAACUUAUUGAUCAUGACCCUUGUCUCUUCUGUAAAGAUGCUGAAUUCAAGACUAGUAAAGACAUUCUUCUGGCUUUUUCACGAGACUUCCUAAGCGGUGAAGGUGACCUUUCCCGUCACCUUAGCUUAUUGGGAUUACCUGUUAACCAUGUUCAGACACCAUUUGAUGAAUUUGAUUUUGCUGUUACAAAUCUUGCUGUCGACUUGCAAUGUGGAGUGCGUCUUGUGCGAAUCAUGGAACUUCUCACACGGGACUGGAAUCUCUCAACAAAACUCAGGAUGCCAGCAAUAAGUCGUCUUCAGAAGAUGCACAAUGUUGACAUUGUUCUUCAAAUUCUUAGAUCACGAGGAAUUCAAUUAAAUGAUGAGCAUGGAAAUACAAUCCUAUCUAAGGAUAUUGUGGAUAGGCACAGAGAAAAAACUCUUGCAUUACUUUGGAAAAUAGCAUUUGCUUUUCAGGUGGAUAUUUCUCUUAAUUCAGAUCAGUUAAAAGAAGAAAUUGACUUUUUAAAACACACACAGAGUAUGAAGAAAACAAUGUCUGCACAAUCAUGCCGUUCUGAUGCUAUUAUCAGUAAGAAAAAAGACAAAAGAAAUAGUGGUUCCUUUGAACAAUAUAGUGAAAGCAUAAAGCUGUUGAUGGAGUGGGUAAAUGCUGUUUGUGCUUUCUAUAAUAAAAAGGUGGAGAAUUUUACAGUGUCUUUCUCAGAUGGCCGUGUAUUAUGUUACCUAAUCCAUCACUACCAUCCUUACUAUGUGCCUUUUGAUGCUAUAUGUCAGCGUACUACUCAAACUGUAGAAUGCACACAGACUGGUUCGGUGGUGUUGAAUUCAUCAUCUGACUCUGAUGGAAGUUCUCUGGAUUUGUCUCUCAAAGCAUUUGAUCAUGUAGAAAACACUUCAGAACUAUACAAAGAACUUCUAGAAAAUGAAAAGAAAAAUUUUCAGUUGGUUAGGUCUGCCAUUAGAGACCUUGGUGGAAUACCUGCUAUGAUUAAUCAUUCAGAUAUGUCCAAUACAAUUCCUGACGAAAAGGUGGUUAUCACUUAUUUGUCAUUUCUCUGUGCAAGGCUUUUGGAUCUUUGUAAAGAAGCAAGAGCUGCUAGACUUAUACAAACAACUUGGAGAAAAUACAAACUAAAAACAGAUCUAAAACGCCAUCAGGAGCGAGACAAAGCUGCAAGAAUUAUUCAGUCAGCUAUGAUCCAUUUCCUAACUAAACAACGAUUGAAAAAGGAGAUUAAUGCAGCAUUGACCAUUCAGAAAUAUUGGCGAAGACUCUUAGCAGAGAGAAAAUUAUUAAUGUUAAAAAAGGAAAAACUAGAAAAAGUUCAAAAUGAAUCAGCAUCAGUUAUUCAGAGAUAUUGGAGAAGCUAUUCCACUAGAAAACAGUUUCUGCAAUUGAAAUAUUAUUCAAUCAUCCUGCAAUCUAGGAUAAGAAUGAAAAUUGCUGUUGCUUCUUACAAACGAUAUCUUUGGGCUGCAGUUACAGUUCAGAGACAUUGGCGUGCUUAUUUAAGAAGAAAACAUGAUCAACAGAGAUAUGAGAUGCUAAAGUCAUCAUGUCUCAUAAUCCAAUCUGUGUUCAGAAGAUGGAAGCAACGUAAAAUGCAAUUACAAAUAAAAGCUACAAUAAUAUUGCAAAGAGCUUUUAGAGAAUGGCAUGGCAGGAAACGAGCUAAAGAAGAAAAAUCUGCUGUUGUCAUACAAUCAUGGUAUAGAAUGCACAAAGAAUUACAGAAAUAUAUUCACAUUAGAUCUUGUGUUAUUAUCAUUCAGACAAGAUUCCGGUGCCUUCAAGCCCAAAAGUUAUAUAAAAGAAAAAAAGAGGCUAUACUGACCAUUCAAAAGUAUUACAAAGCAUAUCUGAAAGGAAAGAUUGAGCGUACCAACUAUUUGCAGAAACGGGCUGCAGCCAUUCGACUGCAGGCUGCUUUCAGGAGGAUGAGCGCUCGCAAUCUACGCAGACGAACCAGAGCUGCUUGUGUUUUUCAGUCCUAUUGGAGGAUGAGACAAGAGAGAUUUCGAUUUCUAAACCUUAAGAAAAUUACUACCAAAUUGCAGGCACAAGUAAGAAAACAUCAACAAUUACAGAAAUAUAAGAAGAUAAAGAAAGCUGCCCUGGUAAUUCAGAUUCAUUUUCGAGCUUAUGUUUCAGCAAAGAAAGUUCUAGCAUCUUACCAGAAAACACGUUCUGCUGUCAUUGUUCUACAAUCUGCAUAUAGAGGGAUGCAAGCCAGGAAAAAGUUUAUUCAUAUCCUCACAUCCAUUAUAAAAAUUCAAUCAUGUUACAGAGCUUAUAUUUCCAGAAAAAAAUUUCUGAGACUAAAAAGUGCUACAGUAAAGUUACAAGCAAUUGUCAAGAUGAAACAAACUCAUAAACAAUAUUUACAUUUGCGGGCAGUGACACUAUUUAUCCAGCAACGGUACCGGUCCACAAAAAUGGCCGCACAAAAGAGACAAGAAUACAUGCAGAUGCGGGAAUCCUGUAUCAAACUGCAAGCUUCUGUUAGAGGUCACCUGGUUCGAAAGCAGAUGCGCUUGCAAAGACAAGCUGCUAUCUCACUACAGUCUUACUUCAGAAUGAGAAAGACCCGGCAGCACUACCUGGAAAUUUAUAAAGCAGCUGUUGUCAUUCAGAAUUACUAUCAUGCAUACAAAGCACAGGUCAAUCAGAGGAAGAACUUCUUACAAAUCAAAAGAGCAGUUACUUGUUUGCAGGCAGCUUAUAGAGGUUAUAAAGUACGCCAGCUGAUCAAACAACAAUCCAUAGCUGCUCUUAAAAUUCAAACUGCUUUUAGAGGCUAUAAUAAAAGGAAGAAAUAUCAAUAUGUGCUUCAGUCUGCUAUCAAGAUUCAGAGAUGGUAUAGGACAUACAGGACUGUUCGUGGUAUUAGAAUGCAAUUUUUAAAGACCAAGGCAGCUGUGAUUUCUCUCCAAUCUGCUUAUCGUGGCUGGAAAGUUCGAAAGCAGAUCAAAAGGGAACAUCAAGCUGCAGUGAGGAUUCAGUCUGCUUUUAGAAUGGCCAAAGCCCGGAAACAGUUUAAAUUGUUAAAAACAGCAGCAUUAGCCAUCCAGCAACAUCUGAGAGCGUGGACUGCAGGAAGGAAGCAACGUAUGGAGUACAUUGAACUCCGUAAGGCAGUACUGAUGCUUCAGUCUACAUGGAAGGGAAAAAUAGUGAGAAGGCAGAUUAGAAAGCAACACGAAUGUGCUGUCAUAAUACAGUCAUACUAUAGAAUGUAUGUGCAACAAAAGAAGUGGGAAAUCAUGAAAAAAGCUGCUUGUCUGAUUCAAAUGUAUUAUAGGGCUUACAGUGUUGGAAGGAAACAGCGUCAAUUGUACUUGAAAACCAAAGCAGCUACAGUCAUUUUACAGUCCGCUUACCGAAGUAUGAGAGUAAGAAAAAAAAUAAAGGAGUGCAACAAAGCAGCAGUCACUAUACAGUCUGCAUAUAGAGCUUACAAAACCAAAAAAAACUAUGCAACCUGCAGAGCUUCAGCUGUUAUAAUUCAGAGAUGGUAUCGAGAUAUGAAAAUUGCAAGCCAUCAACGUAAGGCAUACCUUAAUUUAAAGAAGACAGCAGUUAAAAUUCAAGCUGUUUAUAGAGGUAUUAGAGUAAGAAGACAAAUCCAACACAUGCACAUGGCAGCCACUAUUAUUCAAGCCAUGUUUAAAAUGCAUCAAGCAAAACUGAGAUAUCAUAAAAUGAGAACAGCAGCUGUCAUAAUUCAGGUAAGAUACAGAGCAUGUUGCCAAGGUAAAAUUCAGCGUGCAAAGUACUUGACAAUUUUGAAAGCUAUUACUGUUCUUCAGGCAAGUUUUAGAGGAAGGAGAGUUAGACAGACUCUGAGAAAGAGGCAAAGUGCAGCCAUACUCAUUCAGUCGUAUUAUAGAAGACACAGAGAGCAAACCUAUUUUAGUAAGUUAAAAAGGGUAACAAAAACAGUACAACAGAGGUACCGGGCAGUGAAGGAAAGAAAUGCACAGUUUCAAAGGUAUAACAAAUUGAGGCAUUCUGUCAUACGCAUUCAGGCUGGUUUUAGGGGGAUGAAAGCUAGACAACAUUUAAAAAUUAUGCAUUUAGCCGCAACGCUUAUUCAGAGGAGAUUUAGAACUCUCAGGAUGAGAAGAAGAUUCCUGUCUCUCAGGAAAACUGUUCUUUGGGUUCAGAGAAAAUACCGUGCAACUGUUUGUGCAAAGCAUUACUUCCAGCAAUUCUUACAGUUACAAAAGGUAGUCAUUAAAAUCCAGUCAUCAUACAGAAGAUGGAUGGUAAGGAAAAAGAUGCAAGAGAGGCACAGGGCCGCUACUGUCAUCCAGGCAGCUUUCAGAAUGCACAGAGCAAAUGUGAGGUACCAGGCCUUGCAACAUGCCUCAGUCAUAAUCCAGCAGCAAUACCGAGCACAAAGGGCUGCAAAGCUACAGAGACAACGUUAUCUCCGACAGAAACAUUCUGCUCUGAUCAUUCAGGCUGCUUUUAGGGGGAUGAAAGCUAGAGCACAUUUGAAAAAUAUGCAUUCCUCUGCAACCCUUAUUCAAAGCAGGUUUAGAUCUUUAGUGAUGAGGAAAAGAUUCAUUUCCCUCAAAAAAGCUGCUAUUUUCAUUCAGAGGAAAUAUCGGGCCACCAUUUGUGCCAAACAUCACUUGCACCAAUUCUUGAAAUUACAAAAGGCAGCCAUUACAAUCCAGUCAUCUUACCGAAGGCUGGUGGCAAAGAAGAAGUUACAGGAGAUGCACCGGGCUGCAGUUCUCAUCCAGGCCACUUACAGAAUGCACAGAACAUACGUUACAUUUCAGACUUGGAAACAUGCCUCAAUUCUAAUUCAGCAACAUUACCGAACGUACAGGGCUGCGAAACUGCAAAGAGAAAAUUAUGUCCGACAAAGACAUUCUGCUUUGGUCAUUCAGUCCGCAUUUAAGGGAAUGAAAGCAAGACAGCUUUUAAGGGAAAAACAGAGAGCUGCUAUCAUAAUACAAAGCACAUAUAGAAUGUAUAGGCAGUAUCUUUUUUACCAGAAGAUUCAGUGGGCUACAAAAGUAAUACAAGAAAGAUAUAGAGCAAAUAAAAAGAAAGCUCUUCAACACGAUGCCCUCAGGACAGCAGCAACCUGUAUUCAGGCAGAUUUCCAGGACAUGAUCAUAAGGAAACAGAUUGAGGAACAGCAUCAGGCUGCCACUAUUAUUCAGAAGCAUUUUAAAGCCUCCAAAAUAAGGAAGCAUUAUCUCCACUUGAGAGCAAAAGUAGUUUUUGUUCAAAGACGAUACAGAGCACUAACUGCAGCGCGCACCCAGGCGCUCGUUUGUGUGCAGUCUUCAUCCAGGGGCUUGAAGGUACGAAGGGAAAUCCAACAUAGGCACCUGGCUGCCACACUAAUUCAGUCAGUCUACCGAAUGCACAGGGCCAAACGUGAUUACCGAGCAAAGAAAACUGCUGUCGUUGUUAUACAGAAUUACUAUAGGUCACAUGUCAGAGCAAAAAUGGAAAGAAAAAAAUUUUUAGCAGUUCGGAAAUCGGUACUCAUUAUUCAGGCUUGUUUUAGGGGCAUGAGAGUCCGACAGAAGCUGAGAAACCUGUCGGAGGCACACAGGGCAGCCAUUGCUAAGCAAUCUGCGUUCUGCCCUCGCGGAACGGACACUCCGUGUGGAGCUGUUCACAGUGCGGCACUUAGGACUCCGAAGCGGCGUAGAGCUUCUCCGGUGGCUUGUUCACAGGGGGCAGAGUAUCCUCAAAGAGAGGCUGCAGUAACAACUCACAAAGCUUUCUGUGAAAUGGUCACAAGAACUUUGGAAACGCAGAUGCGUGCUGCCCUACGAAUUCAGUCCUUCCUUCAGAUGGCUGUGUAUCGGAGAAGGUUUCUUCAGCAGAGAAGAGCCGCCGCGACCCUCCAGCAGUAUUUCAGGACAUGGCAAACAAGAAGGCAGUUCUUACUGUAUAGGAAAGCAGCAGUGGUUUUACAAACUCACCACAGAGCCCUUUUGUCCGCACAGCAUCAACGACAAGUGUAUUUACAAGUUAGGAACAGCGUUAUCAUUAUUCAAGCUAGAACAAGAGGCUUUAUACAGAAACGGAAGUUUCAGAAAAUUAAAGAUAGCACCAUAAAAAUCCAGGCUGUGUGGAGGAGCUAUAAUGCCAGGAAAUAUUUACAUAAAGUGAAAGCUGCCUGCAAGAUUCAAGCCUGGUAUAGGUAUUGGAAAGCACGUAAAGAAUAUCUAGCUGUACUAAAAACCGUUAAGAUCAUUCAAGGUUGCUUCUGUACCAAACAGGAGAGAACGUGGUUUCUGAAUGUGAGAGUGUCAACAGUUAUCAUUCAGAGAAAAUGGAGAGCUACACUUGCUGGAAGAAUAGCUCGUGAACACUUCCUAAUGAUGAAAAGACAUCGAGCUGCUUGUUUGAUCCAAGCGAAUUUUAGAAGAUACAAAGGAAGGCAGGUCUUUCUUCGGCAAAAGUCUGCCGCUUUGACCAUACAGAGAUAUAUACGAGCCAGGAAGGUCGGGAAGUGUGAAAGAAUAAAAUAUUUAGAAUUAAAAAAAUCUACAGUUGUUCUGCAAGCACUAGUCCGUGGUUGGUUAGUAAGAAAAAGAAUUUUAGAACAGAGAACCAAAAUUAGGCUUCUUCACUUCACAGCGGCCGCAUAUUACCACCUGUCUGCUCUUAGAAUUCAAAGAGCAUAUAAACUUCACAUGGCUGUGAAGAAUGCUAACAAGCAGGUUAAUUCAGUCAUCUGUAUUCAGAGAUGGUUUCGAACAAAAUUACAGCAGAAAAGGUUUGCUCAGAAAUAUCAUAGCAUCGUCAAAAGUCAGCAUGAAGUUCAAGAAUGUAUGAGCCGGCAAAAUAGGGCUGCAUCAGUAAUACAGAAAGCAGUACGCCGUUUUCUCCUCCGUAAAAAACAGGAAAAGUUUAACAAUGGAAUCAGUAAAAUUCAGGCAUUAUGGAGAGGGUACUCUUGGAGGAAGAAAAACGAUUGUACAAAAAUUAAAGCUAUACGACUAAGUCUUCAACUUGUGAAUAGGGAGAUUCGAGAAGAAAACAAACUCUACAAAAGAACUGCACUUGCACUUCAUUAUCUUUUGACCUACAAGCACCUGUCUGCUAUUCUUGAGGCUUUAAAACACCUAGAGGUAGUUACUAGAUUGUCUCCUCUUUGUUGUGAGAACAUGGCCCAGAGUGGAGCAGUUUCUAAAAUAUUUGUUUUGAUCCGAAGUUGUAAUCGCAGCGUUCCUUGUAUGGAAGUCAUCAGAUAUGCUGUACAAGUCUUGCUUAAUGUCGCUAAGUACGAGAAAACUACUGCAGCAGUUUACGAUGCAGAAAAUUGCAUAGAUACACUGCUGGACCUUUUGCAAAUGUACCGAGAAAAGCCUGGUGAUAAAGUCCCAGACAAGGGUGGAAGCAUUUUUACAAAAACUUGUUGUUUGUUAGCUGUUUUAUUGAAAACAACAAAUCGAGCCUCUGAUGUUCGAAGCAGGUCCAAAGUUGUUGACCGUAUUUAUAGUCUUUACAAGCUUACAGUUCGUAAACAUAAAAUGAAUACUGAAAGAAUACUUUAUAAACAGAAGAUGAAUUCUUCUAUAAGUACUCCCUUUAUUCCAGAAACACCUGUAAGAACAAGAAUAGUUUCAAGACUUAAACCAGAUUGGGUUUUGAGAAGAGAUAGAAUGGAAGAAAUCACAAAUCCCCUACAAGCUAUUCAAAUGGUGAUGGACACACUUGGCAUUCCUUACUAGUAAAUGUAAACAUUUUCAGUAUGUACAGUAAAAAGAAGUAUUAAAGCUGAUCAUGAAUGUGUAAAGUGUUUUUGACUUUCUUUUGUGCAACUUCUUAAAUCUGAUUUUGUAUUAAAAUUAAAAAUAUAAAUAUGUACCGAUAA